AUGGAACUUCACGGAAAUUCUUCAUCAAUACCAGAGACGCCUCUUGACCAAGUACAGACGAGUUCGUCACCUCGCGAGUCCCCAAAAGAAGAAACUGCAUCUACCAAGGCAGAUCACCCAGCGUUGGAAGAAUCCACCCCUAGAGUCCCCGAACGCAACCCCGAACGCCUUAGCAGAAUGAAUACCCCAAACACCCCAAUCUCACCCGAUGUCCCCAAAACCGCCUCCUCUCUCUCCAUCCAAAGCGACUUCACCUCCGCAGCUAAAGGCCAAUACUCCCCAUACGAUAAGCGCACCGACACCAUCCCCAAGAGCCUGCAGCGCAAGCCGCUACCAAUAUCACCCCAAGAACACGGCCGCUCAACCUCCUCUGCAUCCGGAAAGCUCGCACCUCGGAUUCUAGGCCAUGAGGAACUAGCUAGCAGUAGGCUGAACGACUUCAAUUACUUUCUGCGGAUGACGGGCCCGUCGCCAACGCACGAGGCGAAAGCCGCCCCGAAGAAGGGAAAGAAGGGGUUGAAGGGGAUGAAAGUGCGGAGUAGGAAAGAAGGCAAGUACUCCACCAGUGACCGUCAUUCUGGCAACGAACAGUCUCAAGUCCCCGCUUGUUGCUUGGAGGAAACGACAAAGGCCGGCGGCGUGAAGCAUCUGCGGAUCAAGAUCCCAGGGGAGGAGAUGGAUGAGCAGAUGGCGACUUUGACGGAGAGCCCGACGUGGACGGAAGAGAUGCUGCAGCCGCUUGCGAGUGAAGAUCUGGAGCUCGCUAUCAACCCCGUUAGGUCUACAUCGCGUGCCUCCGAGAGCCGUAGUUGUAAACCUGCUGCCACAUCGCCGAUGGCCGUUCUCAGUGACAACCAUCCGCUCUUGGUGAGCAGGAAAGAAGCUACAAGGAGCAGGAAGCUGCGGGACUUGCAGAAAGCAAAGGGGAGGAUGGGAGGGGAUGUUGAAGGUGGCGCUGAAGACAGUGACAGAGAGAAUAGGAUGCAGAAAUUAGAGUGGUUGGUGGGCGAGUUAGCGGAGGGGUUGAGGGUAGCGGCGGGUAUUCAAGGGGAUUUGGGACCGGAGGGAGUGUUGGAAGCUUGGAGAGACGGGAAGGAGAGUAGAAGAUUGGUGUUUGGUGGAUAG